UAUAUACGAUUUUUUGUAAACGAUGCUUAAGAGCGAACUAAGUGCCGGGUGAUAAUAUUACAUGAAAGCAUGAUGCAUGCCGCAAGAUUUGCUUUGAGCUGUUGAGAGAUGGUGAAUUAACAUUUAAUAAUUCUCGUUAAAGUAUAAAGUAGUAAACGUGUUAGUCGUUGUAAACCUGUUUAUGUAUUAUGUAUUAUUUAUGUACUUUUCUAUUAAAACCUAUUAGAAUUGUGAACUGCAAUAACGAAUUUUGUGUACCUGAAGAAAAGCAUUAUAUAAACCAAGCACUUGAUGUCAGAAAUCAUCAAACAGGCUUUUUGUAAUUUGUGGAAGUAUAGUUAGAAAAUACGAGCUAAUUUCGCGAGCGGAUACGUCGUACAAGCUAUAUCGAAAUCUGUUUUAUCAUCAUUAAAGUAAAUAUAUAAAAAGACCAAGUAGUUCACAAUCAUGCCUCUGAUUCGCCAGGAUGGUAAAGAUACUAUCAUUUUUGCAUCUAAAGAAGAUCAUGCGUCGCCUUGCAAGAUCGAACUUCCUGAACCAGAACCAAGUCCUGGAUUGAUAUUACCAAAUGGGGAAAUAAAUUGGAAUUGUCCGUGUUUAGGUGGAAUGGCAACUGGUCCUUGUGGUUUAGAGUUCCGUGAAGCUUUUUCGUGUUUUCAUUAUUCUACUGCCGAUCCAAAAGGUGCUGAUUGCCGCGAGCAAUUUACAACUAUGCAAAUAUGUAUGUCAGAUUAUCCUGAAUUAUACGGUAGUAAAGAAUCUGAAGACGAGACGAAUCAAGCAUCAAACUCUGGAAUAUCAGACGUGAAAGACAUUGCCAUAGAAAGCAAGGAUAAGGGUAAAAAAGAAACGAACGAAGGAAGUUGACUGAAAGGAAAAAAACGUAAUAUUUCCAGUAGAAAAGAAGAGAUGGAAUAUGUUGCAAUACAAUAAAAGCCAUGCACUGAGCAUUUUACAGUA